GACAGGCUGAGUGGAAAGCUGGAAAGCCCCUCCCUGGUGAUUGUAGCCUACGACGCGAUGGUGCUUUAAUGUCAUUGUUUGAGUGGAGCUGCGCCCCGCUUGCAUCCGCUGGGAUCAAACAACCCCGACAGCGAGAUCCCUUUUUGUCAUAGAAAUCAGACACUGCCUCUCAGUCACACGUGGGCUUCCGAAAUGAUAAAAAGUUGAACAUCCAGCCGUGGACUUGUAAUACAGAACGGAUCAAGGAGAUGCUGAGGACAAUCUGAACAGUGUACGACAGGACUCUCUCCACGUUUCACUCUCAUCGGCAGUAGGAUACAUAUAUUUGUAUAUAGCUGGUGUGUAUAUAGCUGGUGAGCUACAGUGCUCUGUAGCCUAAAGCAUAUUGCAUAACUUUUAUCGCGCUUAGAAAAGUAGGCAAUAGGGGCGAGUUUGUUCUUCGUUUGAAAUGGCAAUCAAGUCAAUUUCCGUGAGUGUCGCUCAGUAGUUUUUUUUGUUUGUUUUGAAUGUACAAAAACUAGCAUAGCAUAUUUGUAAAAAAUGCCGGAUUUGGCCCCACUAAUUGUUUUGUUUGCGCUGCUCUGUUCAAUCUCUGGGCGCGCAUCCGGAUGCCCUCUCCGGUGCGAAUGCUCAGAAGCCGCGCACACCGUCAAGUGUGUUUCCAAAUACUUGCGGAGUGUCCCGUCCGGGAUACCAGGGUACACGAGGAAUCUGUUUAUAACGGGAAAUCAGAUCAGCAGAAUUGGACCAGAAUCGUUCAAAGGGCUGGACAAUUUAACCACGUUGUCACUGAGUAACAACAGGAUAACAGAGAUAGAGUCUCAGACGUUUUCCGGACUGCGUUCCCUCCGCUCUCUGGACAUGAGCUCCAACCAGCUGACUGUCAUCAACCCAGAGGCCUUCACUGUCCCGGGCCACACCCUCAGGGAGCUCAACCUCAGCCGAGCUCUCUACAACCACUCCUCUGUCAUGGACCUGGCUAUGUCUCUUCGCUGGUCCACCCUGGGGGAGAUCCGGACCCUGGACCUGUCAGGGAACAGCCUGAUCUACCUGCCCUCUCACACCUUCUCCUACCUGGGGGGCCUGCGGAGGCUCAUCCUGGCCAACAACUCCCUGGUGGCCCUCUACAAUGGCACCUUCUCUGGGCUGGACUCUCUGGAGCAGCUGGAUCUGACCUUCAACGCUCUGCGGACCGUCCAGGAGGAGGGCCUGGCUGAGCUGGACUCGCUGUGUCCCGGGGCGAGACUCAUUCUAGGGGAGAACCCCUGGACCUGUAUCUGUGGCAUGGAGCCCUUCGCUGCCUGGCUCAACUCCUCCCAGGGACAUGUGGGGGACGCAGAGAGCCUGGUGUGUGCCUUCCCCCCAGACAUGAGGAACAUCUCUCUGCUGAGGUUGGCGGCUGGACAGGCUGGGGUGGGCGGGGACAGGGUGGCGCUGGGGUGCCACAGGAUGGAUGAGGGGGCGGACCUGGCCCUCCAGACUUCCUACGUGUUCCUAGGGAUCGUCCUGGGCUUCGUGGGUCUCGUCUUCCUCUUGGUCCUCUACCUCAACCGGCAGGGCAUCAAGAAGAGGAUCAAUGACAUGCGGGAAGCGUGCACAGAGGUGUUGGAGGGAUACCACUACCGCUACGAGCAUGACGCCGACCCCAGGCUCUCACAGGUCUCCACCACGGCAGACAUUUGAUGAUAUCAAGACACUCAAGGGGCUUCCAUGAUCCUUCUUUCAUAAUUGAAAACAUUGGACUUUUUUUCUAUUGCAUUUAUAGAGAAUAAUGUAGAAACUGUACAUAUGAAUUGUCUGUAAAUAUAAACAUACAGUAAGUAUAUAACUGGGCAUUGCUAUUGUUUUCCCAGUAGCUGGGUCCAUGACGAAAGCAUGCACCGUCUGUCUGAUCUAUAGUCCUUCUCAACCAGUCCACCCUUCCAGUCCACACAUCGUCUGAGACUAGGGAUAACCCCUGGAUAACUGAUAAAGGGGCAUGGGCUGUGAAAGAGAACUGGUGUAUGGAUGGGGGACGGACUGACUGUUCUUCUACAUAGAUUUUCCCCUCUUAAAAGAGGUGCUUCUCUGUCUGUCCUCGAGUGAAGUGUCACGUGAAGGAGUGAAACGACAAUUGGACAAUAUCAUUCAUGUAUGUUUUGAUUCUUGGAACUGAGAACAGAUAUGGAUGAAUAUACUUAAUUCAUGAAGCUGAAGUAAUACAACUGAAGACUGUUCUUAUACAUUUCACCUGCUAUGACUUUACUUGAAUGUUGUUCUUUGAGGAGAGAUCUUGUAAAUGUAUAUACUAUCUCUACCAAGCUCAAGUAAAGCCAAGUUAAUCAGCCCACAAGAUGCAGGUUGUGCGACACAAACCCCUGUGAAACUUGGGCAAAAUGGCUGUGUCUGAAAUUGCACCAUAUUUCCUGUAUGGGCCCUGGUCAAAAGUAGUGCACUUGUAAAAGGAAUAGGGUACCAUGGGGACACAGACAAUCUCUCAUUGAGCUUUGAGGGCCAGCUCACCCCAGGACUGAGGAGCAGUUCUUUGGUCUUCUGUCCCUCUGCCCCAGGGUGCCUGAAUGGAAUCCCAGCAGAUUAGUCUCCAUAGCAUUCCAAAGGAAGGAGAACCUCUCCUCCUAGCUCUCCUAAAAUCAACUCUCUCUCUCUCUCUCUUCACGGAGAUGAGUGGAAAAAGGAGGAUUGUUCACACUGCACAGCCACAGUCACACAGCAACGGAAAUCUCCAGACCCUCUCAUGAAAAUGUGCUUUGUUUUAAGAUCUCUAGUUUUAUUUUCAAGAUGAUGACAACCAGGACGAGCCUGGGGCUAUAGGGCUGAGGCAGGGGCUAUAGGGCUGAUGCUGGGGCUAUAGGGCUGAGGCAGGGGCUAUAGGGCUGA